CACGUGGUAUUGUGUCUCCUGCUCGGAGCAUGCGCGAUUGAAGCCCUUCGACUGACACACUCUCCGACCAACCAGAGUCGUCUGCUGGUGUUCGAGCCUUCUGCCGCUAGACGUUCAUUCAGAGAGAACUCUGCUCCAUGCUGGUCUUCCUCAGUCCUCCUCCUCCUCCAUCAGUGUCUCCGUCUCCUGCGUCAUGGCCUCUGGAGCUUUGUUCCCCAGCCUGGUGUCUGGGUCUCGCGGCUCCUCCAUCAAGUACCUGGUGGAGUUCCGGGCGGGUAAGAUGACCAUGAAGGGCAGCACCGUGACCCCUGACAAACGCAAAGGUCAGGUGUACAUCCAGCAGACGGACGACUCGCUCAUCCACUUCUGCUGGAAGGAUCGGACAACCGGGAACGUGGACGACGAUCUGAUCAUCUUCCCUGAUGACUGCGAGUUCAAACGGGUGAACCAGUGCACCACCGGACGGGUCUACGUGCUGAAGUUCAAGGCCGGGUCCAAAAGGCUUUUCUUCUGGAUGCAGGAACCAAAGACGGACAAAGACGAGGAGUUCUGUCGCAAAGUCAACGAGUAUCUGAACAACCCUCCGAUCCCUGGAGCUCUGGGCAGUGGCAGCAGUGGAGGUCAUGACCUUUCAGCCCUGGGAGGCGAGGGUGGCCUGCAAAGCCUUCUGGGUAACAUGAGUCACAACCAGCUGAUGCAGCUCAUCGGACCAACUGGACUGGGCGGCAUCGGUGGUCUUGGUACCCUGGCGGGUCCAGGUCUGGCCAACCUCCUGGGGAGUGGCAGCAGCAGCAGCAGCAGCAGCAGCAGCGGCAGCAGCAGCUCCACUCCUUCCACAGCUGUCACCCCCACCUCUACCUUUGCUACCAGCCGCCUCAGCACCUCCCAGGUGCCGACCACUCCCAUCACUCCCGUUGCCACGACGGCAGCCUCGCCCACGCCCACACCCACCACCUCCUCCUCCCCCCCUCCCACUGUGACCUCCCUGACGGCAGGAGCAGCGGCCAACCCGGCACAACCCAUCCAGCUGAGAGACCUGCAGAGCAUCCUGGCCACCAUGAACGUGCCGACCAGCAGCCAGGGAGUGGACCUGGCCAGUGUCCUGACCCCUGAGGUCAUGGCGCCCCUCCUGGCCGACCCUGAGGUGCAGCAGAGACUCAUCCCCUACCUUCCCUCCGGAGAGUCUUUACCUCAGAGUUCAGAAGAGCUUCACAACACGAUCAGUUCACCGCAGUUCCAGCAGGCCAUGAGUUUGUUCAGCAGCGCUCUGGCGUCUGGACAGCUGGGUCCGCUACUGAACCAGUUUGGUUUGCCCGCCGAGGCCGUGGACGCGGCCAACAAAGGAGACGUGGAGGCCUUUGCCAAAGCCAUGGAGACUAAGACAAAGCCGGAGCAGGAGGACGGCGACUCCAAGGACAGGAAAGACGACGAAGACAUGAGCUUGGACUGAGACGUAUGGAUUAUUUACAAAAAUGUUUAUAUUUAUUUAAGCGCCGUUACAUUGGUUUUAUUAUUGUAGUAUUUAAAGUUAAACAGCGUGAGAAUUCCUCCUAGCCGUUCACCCCGUUCAGUGGUAUUUUUAAUUUAAAAUGAUUUAACGAAACGCUCCCUCGUUGCAUGACGGCUUCGCUAACACCAAGAGUAAAGUGUCGAGAAACAAACUCGUCUCGUUUGUUCAUUUCAUCUACGCGUCAACAUUUAUCUGGAGAAUUUAAAUACAUUUUAAAUUUAAAAAAUUUAAAUUAUUCAAUUGCGCUACUCUACCAGUGACUGACGAGUUAGAAAGUUAGAAAAAAAACUCUUUUCAUUCUCUGAAAAUAUAUUUGUAAAAUCCAAGGUUUACUAUGUAAACAAAGAGGGUUUCACAGCGUCUUGUUUAAGCAUCACAAGAGAAAUCCUGUCCCUGUAGUACAUAUGCCAGGCCUGUAUGUGGCACUAACUAACAUUAAACAGGAAGUUCAGAAAAAAUGGUAAAACAAAAUGGUGCGUACAAAACUCUCAAACUGUAAACAAACUUGGGAGCGAAAAUACAGAGAUGGCUAACUGUCGAACACCAGAUAGCCUAACUAUCGUGGUUAUAUAGUGUAGCGGUUAGCAUGCUUGCCUCAGAAGCAAAGAGUCUGGGGUUCGAUACCCAGAGGAACCACAGGUUUUUUUACGUACGUAACUCGUAUGUAAAACCGUAUCUCAGUCAAAGCAAAAUUCAAAAACCAAGUGACGGUGGAAGAAUUCAGUCAAUGUUUAACCAAAAACUCAGGUUUUAUUCUCAGUGUCCAGGAACAACAGCGCUACAUGUUAAAAUCUGCAGAAAUCCUCCGUUUUAACUUUUGUAAACAAAACAAAACUUUGUUAAAGAUUUUCAACAGCUGCAUAAAACAGUAACGUGAAGGUGAAAAACACACGAACGGCAGGACUACGUCAACGUCACCGUGGUUUCAGGCACUUCUUUCAUUCGGUCGGUGUCGACAACAAUGGCACAAAAUCCUGGAGUCAACGUUAGAAAGUCGACUCCAACACUGUACAGUUACUCACUCGAACAAAACCAGGUGUAAAACUGCUCCAAAUGUUUAACAUAAGUUAUGAUUAAAAAAACCCAAAUGAUUACAGGACAUAAAGCGUGAGCUCCAGCAGGACAAAGACUUACGUCUCAGUGCAUUUAAAAAAGAAAUCCCUGAAAAAUGACAUGAAAAAAAAUCCGCCUGCUGUUUCUCUGACUCAGACACAGCCACAGUAUAUAUUUAUGAAUAUAUUAAAAC